AAUAAUUCAAAAUAGAAAAUGGGAAGGCCUCAUGUUAUGGUUAUACCUUACCCAGCACAAGGUCAUGUACUUCCUCUAAUGAGCUUCUCACGUUACCUUGCGUCUCAAGGAAUCCAAGUCACAUUCGUAAACACCGAGUUUAACCACAACCGCAUCAUCAAUUCCUCAUCCAAACCAUCCCACGAUGAUCAUGUCGUGGAUGGGAUCAAGCUUAUUUCAAUCCCCGACGGUUUAGAGGAUUCACCAGAAGAGAGGAACGUUCCUGGGAAGUUGUCGGAAUCAGUUUUGCGUUUUAUGCCGACCAAAGUAGAGGAACUGAUCGAGAGGAUGAUCUCGGAAACUAGCGGUGCGGUCAUUAGCUGCGUUGUGGCGGAUCAGAGCCUAGGAUGGGCAAUGGAAGUUGCAGCUAAGUUUGGUAUCAGACGAGCGGCGUUUUGUCCCGCUGCGGCUGCGUCUAUGGUUCUUGGAUUUAGUAUUCAGAAACUAGUCGAUGAUGGUCUCAUUGAUUAUGAUGGGACUCCGAAGGUGAACAAGGCAAUACAACUAUCUCCGGGGAUGCCAGAGAUGGAAACAGACAAGUUUGUGUGGGUUUGUCUGAAGAACAAAGAUUCUCAGAGAAACAUAUUCCAACUUAUGCUCCAAAACAAUAAAUCAAUAGAGUCAACGGAUUGGUUUUUAUGUAACUCUGUGUUUGAACUUGAAACGGCGGCGUUUGAAAUGAGCUCAAAGAUAUUACCAAUUGGUCCCAUUGGUUUGGCUCAUCAUAGUCUUGAAGAGGGAUUCAUGUCACUGGGAAGCUUUUUACCUGAAGACCGGGAUUGUCUAGACUGGUUGGACCGGCAGAUUCCUGGUUCGGUGAUAUAUAUUGCCUUUGGGAGCUAUGGGGUUAUGGGUAAAGUUCAAUUAGAAGAGCUAGCAAUUGGUCUAGAACUGACCAAGAGGCCGGUUUUGUGGGUCACCAGCGGUGGUGAUCAGCCACCAAUGAGAGUUGGGUCUGGUCAGGUCAUAGUGGUGAAGUGGGCUCCACAACGUGAGGUUCUUUUGCAUCGAGCUAUUGGAUGCUUUGUGAGCCAUUGUGGAUGGAAUUCAACUUUGGAAGGAGUCCAAAGUGGCAUACCAUUUUUAUGUAUCCCUUAUUUUGCAGACCAAUUUAUCAACAAAACAUAUAUAUGCGAUGUGUGGAAGAUUGGAUUAGGGUUUGAACAAGAUGAACGAGGAAUAAUUUCAAGGUUAGAGGUGAAGAGGAAGAUCGAUGAGAUCAUGAGAGACAAUGGAGAGUUUAAAAAGCGAGCUAUCAAGAUUAAAGAGAUUGUAAUGAAAAAUGUUGUGAAAGAUGGCAUUUCUUAUGAGAAUCUAAACAAAUUUGUCAACUGGAUCAAAACAGAAGUUAAUUGAUAAAGUUUUGAAUGUU